AUGAAAAGAACAACAGCCUUAGUAUUCUUAGCAGGUCUUGCGCAUACACUUGGAGCCCCCUCCACGUGUAUUUUGUCGCCCCUUGUUACCAUCAAGGCUGGUGAUAAGCUAAUCACAGGGGUCGAGAAUACAAUUAGCGGUCCCUGCGAACUCACUUUGUUAUUCUCUGACGACGACUUUCUGCCUGUCACAUUUACAUUUGAGCCAAUAGCAUGCUCUGCAUUCCAAGAAGCUGAAAUAUCUAUACCCCUUGAGGUACCUAACGGACCCGCUACAUUUUUAUGGCAAUGUGCAGGGCAGCAAGCGACUGGAUGUAUCAAAGCAUCACUUGAAGGUGGUAGCGCCGACUUUCAUGCGCUAAAUGUCCAACAAAAGGGUAAAGUAGCUUGUUUAAUGCCGACAGCAACAUCUACGUCGCUUUCGACUAUCACUCAACAAUCAAAGACCAUAAUCAGCUCGGUGAUUACUACCGAGUUUGCAACAGAAGUGGAUACGACUUCAUCAUUCUCUUUUUCUGGCUCACUAUCUCUCCAGAGCUCGGGAAUCACCCCAUUGGGAUCAGGUCAUAUCUCGAAACCAGGAUCCACAACAUGGCCAGGUGCCAGUGCUACUGCUUCUGUCAUUAGCACCUUGUCAACAUCCUCGGUAACAGCAAGGUCUAGUUCAACCGCCACUGUCGAUACUGAAUCCCCGGAUGGUGUGACUUCCUCAUCCUCAACAUCAUUAUCUACCUCAGUCCCCACCAGUAAUAUCGACUCUUCCAUUUCCAAUACAAGUUCACCAUCUUCGGUGAAUUCUGGAACUAGCAGCAUUGCAAGCAUUACAAUAGUGACAGAGCAAACCCCCCCAAGAACUCCUGCAUGUACGAUGGAACAUCAGGGCUCAUAG